ACAGGAAAUGCCACGUGUACCGAGUGCGCAUGUGCGGGCGCUUUUGGGACUCUGAUCCCGACUUCCUGUUUGAGGAUUUUGAGCGAUUGAUUUCGCACGGGCCUGCACCCCAGUUUGGCUGGGUUUGGCUCCAGCAUGCCGCUAUAACUCGCUUAAACCGGGGAUCUACGCGCUACUCUCGCCCACAAGUAAAGGGCUGCUCUCACAGUCUCUUGCGACUUUACUGAAGAUCCUGGUUUUGUUUUGUUUGUUGUUGACAAGGCUGUGGACAUUGAUCCGGGUGUUCCUUUCAAAAUGUCCAAUACUGCUGCUGGAUACAACUCGCAGAACGGGGAAGGGAAGCCGCCGUGUAGCAAUGGCCCUAUACAGAAUCCGGUAAUGACGCAGGCCCCGGGGCAGGGUUACAAUACAGUAGCCCAGAAGAUGCAUCCACAACACAUGCCAGCCAAGGCUCCUUUAGAACAACCUGUCGGACAGUAUCAUUAUGGCUGUUAUCAGAGCGCUCCUCCUGCGAGCGUGUAUCAGGGACCUGGUCAGAGCGCUCCUCCUGCGAGCGUGUAUCAGGGACCUGGUCAGAGCGCUCCUCCUGUGAGCGUGUAUCAGGGACCUGGUCAAACCAACAUGACCAGGCCUCCCUCGAGACCCCUUCAGCCACAUCAAGGAGGAUCUGCCAGGAUAGCAGCCCCAGCUCAGAGCUCCACACCUCCACCUGUGUCUUCUAAUAGCUUUUAUCCAGGCUCUCAGAUCCCCCCUCAUUCACACUGGCCAUAUGGCACGCCCCCUCCCAUGAGCCAACCUUCAGUGGGCUCCCCAGCAAACCAUGUGACGUCAGCACCAAGCCAGCCCUCUGGGUAUGGGAUCCAGAACAGCCCCCCACAGGGACCCCCUGUUCCUCUGAACAGCUCCAUGCAGCCAGGCCAGUCCUCUGGGUAUCGGAUCCAGAACAGCCCCCCACAGGGACCCCCUGUUCCUCUGAACAGCUCCAUGCAGCCAGGCCAGCCCUCUGGGUAUGGGAUCCAGAACAGCCCCCCACAGGGACCCCCUGCUCCUCUGAACAGCUCCGUGCAGCCAGGGCCGGCCCCCCCUCCUUUCAAUCCACCUUCAUCGCAAACAUACCAGCCUGGCAGGCAGCCUUUCGGGCCUCCCCCUCCUCUCAGACCAGCAGCGCCCCCUACUGGACAGUUAAACAAUGCAGCCACUCCCCCGCCACCUGCUGCUGCUAAACAAGAAGUACCAGGAGCAGAGAGAGCGCACAUCCACAACAGCUUUGAUGCUUUGGAAAGUGGAGGCAGAAACGCUGCACAGCAUCCUCCACAGAUGGGCAGGGCAGUUGGCCUGCCGUAUCCCUCGUUGCCUCCUGGCUACCAGAACAUGGCUGCCCCUCCCUCUGCACCAGGAAUGCAGCCUCGGAGCCAGCCUUACCCUGCAGGAGCCCAGUCCUUUCAACAGGCUCCGCUGGGUCCAGCUCAGCUUGGCUCUGCUCUGGGAGGGAUGAGUCUGCAUCAGAGCCAGCCUCCUGAAGCACUGAGAGCCAUCAACCUGCUCCAGGAGAGGAACCUCCUGCCCCAGGGUCCCGUCACCCCCCCUGUGCCCUGCCUGCCCCAGGACCUGCAGCGCCUCAACUGCAGUCCCGAGGUCUUUCGGUGCACUCUGACCAACAUCCCUCAAACUCAGUCUUUGCUAAACAAAGCUAAGCUUCCCUUGGGGUUACUCCUCCAUCCAUUCAGAGACAUGUCGCAGCUGCCGGUGGUCACCUCCAGCACCAUCGUGAGGUGUCGAUCCUGCAGAACCUACAUCAACCCCUUCGUCACGUUCCUCGACCAGAGGAGAUGGAAGUGCAAUCUGUGCUACCGAGUCAAUGAGGUUCCAGAAGAAUUUAUGUAUAACCCUGUAAGCAGAUCGUAUGGAGAACCACAUAAAAGGCCAGAAGUUCAAAAUCCCACAAUUGAGUUCAUUGCACCUUCAGAAUAUAUGCUGCGGCCGCCCCAGCCUGCAGUGUACCUCUUCGUACUCGAUGUAUCCCACAAUGCAGUAGAGACGGGAUACUUGGACACGGUGUGCCAGUCGCUCCUGGACAGUCUCAGCUUACUGCCAGGAGACACCAGGACAAAGAUAGGCUUCAUUACGUUUGACAGCACAGUCCAUUUCUAUAACCUUCAGGAGGGCCUGUCUCAGCCUCAGAUGCUGGUUGUCUCGGACAUUGAAGAUAUCUUCAUACCAACACCAGACAGCCUGCUGGUAAACCUCAGCGAAUGCAAGGAGCUGGUCCAGGACUUGCUGAAAGGCUUGCCCCAGAUGUUCACCAGGACCCUGGAGACACAGUGUGCGCUGGGGCCCGCUCUGCAGGCUGCCUUCAAGCUGCUGUCCCCCACUGGAGGCCGGGUCUCUGUCUUCCAGACACAGCUGCCUUCUUUAGGGGUCGGGGCACUGAAGUCCAGAGAAGAUCCCAACCAGAGGGCUUCUGCAAAGGAUAUUCCACAUCUGACUCCUGCCACUGAUUUCUACAAAAAGCUGGCCCUGGACUGUUCAGGGCAGCAGAUUGCUGUGGAUCUUUUCCUGCUUAGUGGACAAUACUGUGAUUUAGCUUCAUUAGCCUGCAUAUCCAAGUAUUCUGCAGGCGGAGUGCACUACUACCCUUCAUAUCACCACCUGCACAACCCUGCCCAGGUGGAGCAGCUCCAGAGGGACCUGAAGCGCUACAUCAGCCGAAAGAUUGGCUUCGAGUCGGUCAUGAGGGUGCGCUGCACCAAAGGUCUUUCUAUACAUACCUUCCAUGGAAACUUCUUUGUCCGUUCGACGGACCUGCUGUCGCUGCCCAACAUCAACCCAGACUCGGGGUUUGCUGUUCAGAUGUCGAUUGAGGAGAAUCUCGUAGACAUGCAGGUGGUUUCUUUCCAGGCUGCUCUUCUCUACACUUCCAGCAAAGGGGAGCGGCGCAUACGAGUCCACACUCUAUGUUUGCCAGUCGUGAACUCCAUGGCUGACAUCUUCGCUGGAGCGGAUGUGCAGGCCAUCACAGGGCUGCUGGCCAGCAUGGCGGUUGACCGCUCGGUCACAGCCAGUUUGAGCGAUGCCCGCGAUGCUCUGGUGAAUGCUGCGAUUGACUCUCUGCGUGCCUAUCGCUCUGGCGGACUCAGUGUGCAUCAGCCUGGCCUUGUCGCCCCUGCCUGCCUGCGCCUCCUCCCUCUCUAUGUGGUUGCCCUGCUCAAGCAGAAAGCCUUCCGCACUGGAACGAGCACAAGGCUGGAUGAGCGUGUGUUUGCCAUGUGUCAGCUGAAGUACCAGCCCCUGGCUUACCUGAUGCUCAUGAUCCAUCCUGCUCUGUACAGAGUUGACAAUCUUACAGAUGAGGGGGCGAUUAGCAUCGCUGACAGAACAAUCCCUCAGCCCGCAAUUCUGCAGCUGUCUGUGGAGAAGCUGAGCAGGGACGGGUCCUUCCUGAUGGACUCUGGCUCGGUUCUGUAUCUGUGGGUUGGAAGAAACUGUGCACCCAACUUUAUUACCCAGGUGCUGGGAGUUCCCAACUAUACAGCAAUACCUCAGACUAUGACUCAGCUUCCAGAACUAGACACGGCUGAAUCGACGAGAACAAGAGCCUUCAUUUCUUGGCUAAGGGAACAAAGACCUUUUUACCCAAUCUUGCAUGUAAUCAGGGAGGAAAGUCCCCUCAAAGCAAGCUUUAUGCAGCACAUGGUCGAGGACAGGACAGAAUCCGCUCUGUCCUACUACGAGUUUCUGCUCCAUUUGCAGCAGCAAGUUAACAAAUAAAGUGGUUUUCCAAGCUGUGGGAUGUGGUCUGAGAGGAGAACCAAGGAGAGGGGGUGUGAGCAGCGGUGCCUCUAUUCAAGGAUUCAUCACUAAUGACUUUUUACAAAGUGUUUUUCAUCACUGGACCGCAAGACUGGAGCACAUUAGAAAAUAAAUAAUAAAAAAAGUUAUUUUUAAAAAUACUAACUUCAACAUUUUCCAUUAAGGAUUGAAAUGCAUUUUUUUUUUUUUUUUUACCUUUUUAGGGUUUAAUUAUGUAAGUAUUGUCUAAUUAUCUUUUAGCACAGAAGAAACAGAAUCACUAAAGUUAUUCUUUCAAUUAAGACUGGCUGGGGAAUGAGGGAAGGUAAUGGAGUUUGUUGAAAGAACAUUUCUGCUGGUUAAUAAAAUCUCUAUGUAUUGAUUUUAAUAAAAUCUCUAUGUAUUGAUUAAUAAAAUCUCUAUAUAUUGGUUUUAAUAAAAUCUCUAUGUAUUGGUUUUAAUACAAUCUCUAUGUAUUGGUUUUAAUACAAUCUCUAUGUAUUGGUUUUGGUUGUAAUAUUCUGUCUUCAUUGGCUUCUGUUUUCUCAAACUUGUGAAGGCAUCACACAUUGAAAGAUGUUGGAAUCAUGAGCGAUGUCCAUCCCUAGUUUUAGGGGAUAAAGGAGCAGUAUUUUGUGGAUCAGAUUUACAGACUCUUCUUAUACAUUGAACUAAUACAAACCCAUGAUGGUGGAUGAUCAGGACAGAAACUGUAAUAAAAUGUGUAGAAUGAAGACUCCCAGCGUGUUGAAUGUAGUGAAGUCGUCACUUGUUUGUAAUUCAGUCUCCUCUGAGAUGCGUACAAAGAGCACAGUGUCCAUCGGUUUCAUUGAGACCAUUGAUUGAUUUGAUUUUGUCUGCUUUAAUUCUCACAAUUCUUUUUUUUUUCCCUCUUAACAUUAAAGCAGUCCUCUGUUUAAAUUGUAGGCAGUAUGAGAAAUGUUUUUAAUGAAAUAGCAGAAGGAUUUGGAGGCAGAUCCAGUAGAAUCAGGCCAUUGUGAACCUUGAUUGUGCGUUGUUGCUGACACACACACUCACAUACACACACACACACGCGUGUGCACGUUCAUGAUAGCAAAUCUUCAAGACUGAAGCAAAUGAAAUGGAUUCAUAUAAUAUCUUCACGUAUGUAUAUAAUAGUAAGUGGGAGGUGCAUCCUUACACAAUUGCAAUUGCUGCACUAGAGUCUGUGCAAGUCCUUGGUUCCUGCUGGUAAUCGGUCCUGUUCUUGAAGCGAUUCUGUUGACAGGGUGCCGUGUAUUGCACUGUAUCUUCUCUCCAGUGCAGCACGUUCUUCUCGCUAGUUGGUUUUCACUCUCGUUUUCCAUGCUGUUGAAAUGCUGCUGUACUUGCCCGUAUGUACAAUCCAGUUGUUGUUGUGAGCACACCAUGUAAGUCUUUCUGUUCUGGAGCUCCGGGCAGGUGUAGCUGGUGUUCCUCUGCAGUCCACUCCCAUCCCACCCUGAUCCUGGGUUUCCCGUCAGUAACAGUCAGCCAAGUUCAGCCUGGGUCCUGGACCCCUUCUUGCUCCUGGUGGGGCUCCUGGAUUAAAAGGGCUUGUGGACUAUAUUAGUAAAUGAUGGGUCGUUUGGGGUUCAUUUACUUUAUUUUAAUCUUAGAUCUUUGAUUUGGGGAUGAGAUCAUUUUUUUUAUUUUUAAUUUAUUUAAUAAUCAUCAGUAUUCUUUUCAAAUAGAUUCAGUAGCAGGUAAAGGCUUCAGAAGUAACACUGACGAUAGUGUAAAUAUUGUACUGAAGUAAUGGACCUAGUUCAGUGCAAGAACAAGACAAACUGAAACACAGAGUCCCUCUUGUGGUUCAGCGUGGUGGAAGUGCUGUUAACGUCUCCACGGCCUGGCACGUGGUUCAGCGUGAUGGAAGUGCUGUUAACGUCUCCACGGCCUGGCACGUGGUUCAGCGUGGUGGAGGUGCUGUUAACGUCUCCACGGCCUGGCACGUGGUUCAGCGUGAUGGAAGUGCUGUUAACGUCUCCACGGCCUGGCACGUGGUUCAGCGUGGUGGAGGUGCUGUUAACGUCUCCACGGCCUGGCACGUGGUUCAGCGUGGUGGAAGUGCUGUUAACGUCUCCACGGCCUGGCACGUGGUUCAGCGUGAUGGAAGUGCUGUUAACGUCUCCACGGCCUGGCACGUGGUUCAGCGUGGUGGAGGUGCUGUUAACGUCUCCACGGCCUGGCACGUGGUUCAGCGUGGUGGAAGUGCUGUUAACGUCUCCACGGCCUGGCACGUGGUUCAGCGUGGUGGAAGUGCUGUUAACGUCUCCACGGCCUGGCACGUGGUUCAGCGUGGUGGAAGUGCUGUUAACGUCUCCACGGCCUGGCACGUGGUUCAGCGUGAUGGAAGUGCUGUUAACGUCUCCACGGCCUGGCACGUGGUUCAGCGUGGUGGAGGUGCUGUUAACGUCUCCACGGCCUGGCACGUGGUUCAGCGUGGUGGAAGUGCUGUUAACGUCUCCACGGCCUGGCACGUGGUUCAGCGUGGUGGAAGUGCUGUUAACGUCUCCACGGCCUGGCACGUGGCUGUUUGGGGUUUUACGUUUAUUAUUCUUUUUUUUUUUUUUGUAAUAAUUAUCCUGGUUUUCUGUCUUCGGUAUUGCAUGUUUGAUUUUUACUUGUGAUGAUUUGUUCACAAUUUAAACAUAAUAAACAUAUAAUUUAAGUUAAGACCCUUUAACCCUUUUGUUUUAACCACUUCAGUUUAAAAAGCAGAAUGAAAGCUUCCCAUCCUCUGGACCAUUGUGUGUGGCUUGAAUUGUACUCAGUUACCAUUCUCUGUAUAUUGUAAACACAAAAUAAAGAGAGUCCUUCUGUAAAGUAGUGUACAAUUCUGUAACCAAAUUAAACUCUACUUCUCUAUGAAGA